UGGGAAGAUCAGUCAUCUGUUUGCGCGCUUAACAAUGAGGUCGUUUUUGCUGGUGAUUCUGCUGUCGUUUAAAGCAAGUUUGGCACAACUCGUUUACAGGGACUAUAGCUCACAAAUUGGUGGAUUUUUGUAUGGACAAAUGGGACUGAUGGCUGUUGGAAGGCCAGCAGGUCCAUUCGAGAGUACUGGUCAACGAGGUGGAUUAAUUUCUGGAGUCGAUACCGGAGGUCCCUUUGGAUUGGUUGCUACCAAUCAAGAAGAAGGACUCAUUUCUGGAGGAAGCAGUGGAGGACCCUUUGGCCAAACUGGUAGCUCAUUUGGAGCUCAUGGAGGACUAAUUUCAGGUGCCAACAGUGGAGGUCUUUUUAACAGCAACCAAGGGAGAUAUGGUCUGAUCAGCUCCGGUCAAACUGGGGGUCCAUUUGCCAGUGAUCAAGGAGGUUUAAUUUCCGGAGCAAAUUCUGGAGGCCCUUUUGGAAGUGGACCACUGUAUGGCACUGGAGGACUAAUUUCAAGUGCCAACAGUGGAGGUCCUUUUAACAGCAACCAACGGAGCUAUGGAUUGAUCAGCUCCGAUAAAACUGGAGGACCAUUUGCCAGUGAUCACCAAGGAGGUUUAAUUUCUGGAGCAAAUUCUGGAGGCCCUUUUGGACGUGGACCACUGUAUGGCACUGGAGAACUAGUUUCAGGUGCCAACAGUGGAGGUCCUUUAAAUACGAAUCAAGGAAGCUAUGGCGGUGGUCUAACCAGUGGCCGUGAUUCUGAUGAAGAACUGAUUUCUGGAGGAAACAGCGGAGGUCCCUUGGAGAACACAGAACCGACAAACGAUCACAGUGAAGGCGGUCUAAUCGAAGGGGGUAAGAAAGGUGGUCCGCUGCUCCAACAUCAAGGAGGAUUAGUUUCUGGAGGCAUCGGUGGAGUCCUUGGAACAAGCUGAAAGUGGAAAACCAGCCCUAACUAAAAUCAAAUAGAAUUCAUAAGUCGCCCAAGUCAUUUAGUUUAAUACGACGUCUUCCACUUGUCUUUUAUCAAUAAAAUUUCAAUAAUGCUUAAAUGCCACCAGCAUCAGCAGCUUAAGUAGUA